CAGACCUAUGUUUGAAAUGAGGCAACAUCUAACUGGAAGCCUGUUCAAAAUAAGGAAGCUGGUGAAAGGGUCCAGGGUCCCGUUUCUCUUCCCCUUCUUCUCUCAGCCACAUCUUUCACCCAAUCUUGGUAAAGAGUCUUACUUGGCUAAGAAAGAAGACAAGGAGGAAAAGGUAGUGGCAAGAAAGUUCACGAAACUCUCAAAAGUCACCGCCUGAGUAUCAAACCUGAAUAACCAGGAGAGAUGUAACUUCGGCAUGCUUUCAGUCGCCUCCCUCCUGCCCACGCUGCAGGUUUUUCAGGUCUGCUUGAGCGUGCACUCACAGGCGUAAAUAAACGUGCUAUCAGCAGCCUGCGUCAGCCAGCCCAGCUAUUUAAGCAGGCUGGCAUCAGCAAACGCGGCUUCCAGACCCAGGGCUUGCCUUUGCCACCUCCACCCCGGGACCAUGUCGGCGGAGAGCGCGAGCGGCCCCACGGAGGACCAGCUGGAGAUCCUGGAGUACAACUUCAACAAGGUGAACAAGCACCCGGACCCCACCACGCUGUGCCUCAUCGCCGCCGAGGCCGGCCUCUCCGAGGAGGAGACCCAGAAAUGGUUUAAGCAGCGCCUGGCUCAGUGGCGGCGGUCAGAAGGCCUGCCCUCAGAGUGCAGAUCUGUUACAGACUAAGGAGACGACCACAGACAGCUUUGCUCCAUGAAGAACAUCUGCUGUGUCUCUCCUCAGCUUAACCACUUUGGUUUCUCAGUAGUGUUGUAUGUUACAUUGUUAGCUGUCCUGCUAUUUAACACACUGUUGUAUUUUUUUAAUGUACAUAACUAGAAAAGAAAAUAACAGUAGGAAGCCAUGUGCAGCUUCUGGGUAAAGCAGUGGCUUGGCCGGGAAAGUGGUGUGCCUUGCAUUUUCCUUCUGGCAUGAUGACAGAUGGUAUGAAAACCAUCUAAGUUUGCUUUUGACUGUCCCCUCCCAGUAACAAUUUGCUUUCACCAUCCAUUUCAGAGCAAGCAAGGCCUCUGUUGAAAAGAUAACAUGACGGAGAGGGGAAAACAUUUCCUUCUGAAUCUACUUUCCUAAGUUGUUUUCCUUAUGUUUCAUUUAAUACAUUGAUGGUUGAGUGAGAAUACAGAGGGGUAAUUUGAGUCAUUCAAAUUUCAUAAAAGUGUUCCUUAGAUUAUAGCUGUAUUCACUUGGAAAGAACCCAGUUAGGCUAGAAGACAAAAAUCUCCAACUGACAGAAAAGCAAGUAAUUAAGGAAAAAUCCACCAAAACUUUUGAAUUUACCUUAUUUAAAUGUAUUUGUUAAAUUUAUUUUGCUAAAUAAAAUGAACAGUCUUUUGUCUCUACAAUGAUAUUCUAAAUAAAACCUUAACUUUUUGUUGAAAAUG